AUGACCAACGAUAUGUCUGGGUCUGAGACUCGUGAGUCCGCGGCCAAGUCGUCGUGGCCUCGCCGAGACGAUGUCAAGUUCGAGUUCGGCUUUGGAGUACCCCUGGGCGCCAUGUCGGCUCAUCCUGCUUUUCAUUCAUCGUGGGAUAUGGGUUGAACAGACAUACGGAUACCCGACCCAAGUGUCGUGAAGGGACAUUCGACAGGCCAAAAGAAACCAGCCUUAAUGUUUGUAAUGCGACACAUUACGAAGACCACAGACCAGGCAAAAGGUCGGGAAGACGAUGAUGAUAAUUUAUUCUAA